AUGGCCGCCUCUAAGCCUGUGGAGGCGGCAGUGGUCGCAGCGUCUGGACCCGGUUCCGGGAGUGGGGUGGGCGGCAGCAGUGCGACUUCGGGCCCGGGCACCGGGGGCCUGCCGAGAUGGCAGCUGGCGCUAGCGGUCGGGGCGCCCCUGCUGCUAGGAGCGGGUGCCCUGUACCUGUGGAGCCGGCAGCGGCGGCGCCGGGAUACCGGGGCCCGAGGCGACUCCGGCGGCCUGAAGCGUAACAGUGAACGGAAGACCCCGGAGGGCAGGGCCAGUCCGGCCCCGGGCAGCGGACACCCUGAUGGCCCCGGUACUCACCUGGAAAUGAACUCUCUUGAUAGAGCCCAAGCAGCCAAGAACAAAGGCAACAAAUACUUUAAAGCAGGAAAAUAUGAACAAGCUAUUCAGUGCUAUACCGAGGCUAUCAGUUUAUGUCCUACAGAGAAGAAUGUUGACCUUUCCACAUUUUAUCAAAACAGAGCUGCUGCCUUUGAGCAAUUGCAAAAAUGGAAAGAGGUGGCACAAGAUUGUACAAAGGCUGUUGAACUUAAUCCCAAAUAUGUGAAAGCUCUCUUUAGACGUGCAAAAGCCCACGAGAAGCUAGACAAUAAGAAGGAAUGUUUAGAAGAUGUCACUGCUGUGUGUAUAUUAGAAGGAUUCCAAAAUCAACAAAGCAUGCUGUUAGCUGAUAAAGUUCUUAAACUUCUUGGAAAAGAGAAAGCCAAAGAAAAAUAUAAGAAUCGUGAACCUCUGAUGCCAUCUCCACAAUUUAUCAAAUCUUACUUCAGUUCUUUCACGGAUGAUAUAAUUUCUCAGCCAAUGCUUAAAGGAGAGAAGUCGGAUGAAGAUAAAGACAAGGAAGGGGAGGCUUUAGAAGUGAAAGAAAAUUCUGGAUACUUAAAGGCCAAACAGUAUAUGGAAGAAGAAAACUAUGAUAAAAUCAUAAGUGAAUGCUCAAAAGAAAUAGAUGCUCAAGGAAAAUACACGGCAGAAGCACUGUUACUACGAGCUACUUUCUGCCUGCUCAUUGGCAACGCCAACGCGGCCAAACCAGAUUUAGAUAAGGUCAUCAGCUUGCAAGAAGCUAAUGUGAAGCUUCGAGCAAAUGCGCUUAUCAAAAGAGGUAGCAUGUACAUGCAACAGCAGCAGCCUUUGUUAUCUACUCAGGAUUUUAACAUGGCUGCCGACAUCGAUCCUCAGAAUGCAGAUGUUUAUCACCACCGAGGACAGCUGAAAAUACUGCUUGAUCAAGUUGAAGAAGCAGUAGCAGAUUUUGAUGAAUGUAUUAGAUUAAGACCUGAGUCUGCUCUGGCACAAGCUCAGAAAUGUUUUGCUUUGUAUCGCCAGGCAUAUACAGGAAACAAUUCUUCACAAAUCCAAGCAGCUAUGAAAGGUUUUGAAGAGGUCAUAAAGAAAUUUCCAAAGUGUGCUGAAGGCUACGCAUUAUAUGCCCAGGCAUUAACAGAUCAACAGCAGUUUGGCAAAGCUGAUGAAAUGUAUGAUAAAUGUAUUAAUUUGGAACCAGAUAAUGCCACAACGUAUGUUCAUAAAGGUUUACUUCAACUUCAGUGGAAGCAAGAUCUGGAUAAAGGUUUGGAGCUUAUCAGCAAGGCUAUUGAAAUUGACAAUAAAUGUGAUUUUGCAUAUGAAACCAUGGGAACUAUUGAAGUACAAAGAGGAAACAUGGAGAAAGCCAUUGACAUGUUCAACAAAGCUAUUAACCUGGCCAAAUCAGAAAUGGAGAUGGCUCAUCUAUACUCACUUUGUGAUGCUGCCCAUGCCCAGACAGAAGUUGCAAAGAAAUAUGGAUUAAAACCACCAACAUUAUAA